GACCUUGGACUUCAAGUAGUGGGUAUUCAGUUUUACAAUCCGCAGGAGAUUAUUUGAAUUCCAGAUCAUGACUGAGAAGGUCUUUGAUGUUGUGGUGGUUGGCUCCUGUAUGACUGACUUGGUGAGCAAGGCACCAAGGCUACCAAAAGCAGGGGAAACCAUCCAUGGUCACAAGUUCUUCAUCGGUUUUGGAGGAAAGGGGGCCAACCAGUGCAUACAGGCUGCCAGACUUGGGGUCAAAACCGCUAUGGUCUGCAAGGUUGGAAAAGACUUCUUUGGAGACAAUUACAUCCAGAAUUUCAAGGACAACGGCGUCCACACAGAAUUUGUGAAGCAGAGCUCUCAUGAAGCCACAGGAGCUGCCUCCAUCACUGUCGACGAUGCAGGUGAGAACGCCAUUGUAAUUGUGGCCGGUGCCAACAUGCUGCUGGGUGCAGAGGAGCUACAGGAAGCUCUCCCAGCCAUCAGCCACACAAAAGUCCUGGUAUGCCAGCUGGAGAUCAGUCCACAGACGUCCCUGCAGGCGAUGUGCAUGGCUCGCGACAACAAAGUGAAGACAAUAUUCAACCCAGCGCCGGCCAUUCCUGACUUGGAUCCAGAUUUCUACAGAGUCUCCGACGUGUUUUGCUGUAAUGAGUCUGAGGCAGAGCUGCUCACUGGUUCCUCGGUAGCCAGUGCGGAAGAGGCACAUCGGGCUGGUCAAGAGCUGCUGAAACGAGGCUGCGGGUCAGUCAUUGUCACCUUGGGACCCCAAGGGUGCGUGGUGCUCAAGGAAGGGGAGUCUACAUUAAAACAUGUUCCAGCUCCUGAGGUCACAGCAGUGGACACAACAGGUGCUGGUGAUAGCUUCAUUGGAGCACUGGCAUUUUACAUGGCCAACCACCCACACAUGCCUCUGGAGGAGAUGGCCCGCAGAGCCAAUCUGGUGGCAGGGGUGAGCGUGCAGGAAAUUGGCACGCAGACGUCUUUUCCGUACAGACGGGACCUCCCAAAUGAAUACUUCCAGGAGUAG